AUGCCGAUUAAGAACAGUUCGGGAAUUCCCAGAACAUUCAUGGAAACUGUGAAUGGUCCAAUAGCCGAUGGAGCUAUGUACAUGUCGAAUGUCACUACUAUACUGAGUUCAAAACGCGCAAACAUUUUGUAUGAAUACAAGAAAAACCCUGAUUUGAAAAUGGAGGAUGUUGAAAGUUUAUUGGGAUGGUUGAAAAUGCAACCACAUUUGCCUUCCAAAAUUACACAUACUCCAGAGUUCUUUGCAAAUAGGAAUCCAAAUAGUAAACAAUUGAAGAAAUGGAUGUACUUGGUCAUGAAACUUGGUCUCCUUUCCAAGAAGAAGUAUUUAAUAUAUCUUCAAGAUGCAAUACCUUUUCGCCUGAAGGCCUUUCAUUUUGUGAACGCUAUUCCAUUUAUGGAUAAAUUUAUGGCUAUUAUGAAGCCGUUCAUGAAAAAGGAAUUGAUGGAUAUGCGUAUUACAAUUAUCAAUAAGUCAAAAACAAAUCAUCAAACGUCAACAUCAAUUCGAUAA